AUCACGUCGGCCCCCUCUCGAUGGCUUUUGCCGGCCGUCGACGAGUGUGCUGUACCAUCGGCGCUGCCGGCCAAGCGGGCCGUACCGGUGGCCUUUGAGGGCAGGAAGUAGCUCAAGGGGUCCACCUCGGACGCCUGCGCGCGCGCCCGCCGCCGCCGCAGCGAAGGGCAGCUCCCAGAAGGCACAGAGGCUGAACAAAACACACAUGGCGCCGGAGCUCAACAAGCCGGAGCUCAAGGCCAAGCUGCGCGCGACGCGCGUCGCCGUGGAACAGCUCCAGCACCGCGUGAACGACGCCCUCGAGCGCCAGAAGCCGUCGCCGUUGACGCGCGAGGGCGCGGCCGCGCCGGCGAAACUAAGGAAAAGGCGGUCGCUCAAGGGCCACUUCGGCAAGGUCGUGAGUGUGAGCUGGCUGCCCGACUCGAACAGACUGGCGACGGCGGCGCAGGACGGCAACGUGAUUAUUUGGCACGCUCCUACUGGUAAGAAAGCACAAUUGCUCCCUCUAAAGAACCAGUGGGCCAUGUUCGCGGCCUGCGCGCAAGAUUCUUCAAGAUUAUGCGCGACCGGCGGCUUGGACAACGUGUGCACGGUCUGGACCUUACCUGAGCCAAACGAGGACGCGAAGACGCCUCGAGUGCUCGAGGGCCACAAGGGCCACGUCGCCGCGGCGUCGUUCCUAGCUACCAAUACAUUAAUCACCGUGAGUGGCGACUCGACGGCCGCGUUGUGGGAUCUGAACCGCCUGCCGUCCUCAGAUAUCGACCAGAGGGCCGAAGUCUACGCCGGCCACGACGAGUGCCUGUCUGCCGUCGCCAAGGACCCUACCUCAGAACGUAACUUCGCCACGGGGUCCGCGGAUGGCUCGGUGAUGCUCUGGUCCCUCGGUGCGAGCGACCCGUCGUGCGUGCUGCGCAUGCACAGGGCCGACAUCAAGGCCGGUUCACGCGCGAGGCACCCGGACGCGAACGGCGUGUCCUACCAAACUGAGAGGACGUUGGGAGUUGCGACCGAGUCCUUCGGGAGUUUCUUGUUUGAUGCGCGCACGCGCACUGCUGUCAACAAGUUCGGGUCUGACGAAAGGGACAUCGGCCCGAAGACGUCGUGUGCCUUUUCUUCCUCCGGAAGAUUAAUGUUUGUGGGCACGGACGACGGCGUCGAGGUCUGGGACACGCUCCAAGGCGACGCUAAUAAACCGUUGCAGUUCCUGAAGCCGCACGGCGCGCGCGUCGCGGCGCUCGCCGUCCCAACAUCAGGCCAGUGCGUCGCGUGCGCGUCGUGGGACUUCGAGGCGUCGGUGCUGUCGAUCUGACUCUACCCUAUGGGCCUGCUGCUGCGCUCCCUGUUCUCCCCCCAUCAUUGUCCCGCGCGCGCGCCCCCGUAUCUUAACUUGAUGUGAUCUUG